UUUCGCUACUUUUCACACAUCUGACUUAGAAGUUUAGUAACAUGAAGUUAUUAUCUGCAGUCCUCCUCUUGCUGUUUGCUGCCGUAGGAUUUCCUUCUGGCGAAGCCAUCAUCGGUCGCCAUCGUUGCAUUUUUGUUAAAAACCACAAUUGCCCAAAUAAGAAUGUCAAUUUCUGGCUAUAUAGCAAAGCCACUCGCGAUGCUCCCGUUAAGCUAGAUCCACUCAAACUUAAUCCCAAGGACUUUAAUCCGCCACGUCCACUCAAAAUACUGCUGCAUGGCUUCACAGGAAGUCGCGACUCUGCGCCCAAUGAUUAUAUACGACCCGUGCUUCUGAACAACGAGGAUGUCUAUGUUAUCUCCGUUGAUUAUGCUCCUUUGGUGAAUUCUCCAUGCUAUUUAACUUCCGUAAGGAAUCUCCCAUUGUUCAGUAAAUGUCUCGCCCAGCUCAUCAAUAAUUUGGUGAAGCAGGGCCUUGUACAGCAUGAUCAGAUCCACAUCAUUGGCUUUAGCUUGGGUGCCCAUGUGGCUGGACAAACAGCUAACUAUGUGCAGCCCAAGCUGAAACGCAUCACGGGCUUGGAUCCCGCCUUGCCUCUUAUCUCCAAAGAAAAGCAAAAACGUUUGGAUACAAGCGAUGCAGACUUUGUGGAUGUUAUACACACGGAUAGAUUCUAUGGCAUGGGAGACCCCGUGGGCCACGUGGAUUUUUAUCCGAACUAUGGGUCACAUCAACCCGGCUGCAAGAAGGAGGAGCCCUGGACUCCACAUUCCUGCAGUCACAAUCGUGCUGCUCGCUACUAUGGAGAGUCCAUUAAUUCGACGCUGGGUUUUUGGGGUCGUAGAUGCACCAGCCGGAGAGUAUAUGUUAAACGUCGUUGCCCCAAAAAUAGCCCGCAAGCUCUGAUGGGUUACCAUGCCACAAAGAAAUUGGAGGGCUCCUUCUUUCUCGUGACUGACAGCAAAGCACCUUUCGCGCUGGGCAAGGAUAAGCAGGCGGAUAGCACCACAAACGAGGAAGACAUCGAUUCUGAAUUCGAAGAUAACUAUGAGCCAAAAUGGGAUGAAAUAUAUCCAGAACUGGACUCCAAUGAUGUCGAGAUCAUAGAAGAGUAGAAUUGAUCAAUAUUGAACUAUAUUGUAAUCAAACAUUUAUAUGAUUUACUAAUCUAUCUACCUAAUAAAGUUGCAUGCAAUUA